AUGGGAAGAAAGAGUAACGGUCGCAAAAAAGUUGACAUGGUGAAGAUACAAAAUGAGAGAAACUUACAAGCGAGUUUCUCUAAACGACACGCUGGUCUCUUCAAGAAGGCUAGUGAACUUUGUACACUAAGUGGUGCUGAAGUUGCUUUAGUGGUUUUUUCCCGGGCAACAAAGUUUACUCGUUUGGCCACCCCUCUGUGGAUUUUGGUCAUGGAUAGGUUCCUCGCAGGGAACUCUCCCCCCAAUAUUGAUGUUCCUAACCAGCUUAUUGAGGCUCAUCGAAAUGCUAGUGUUCGUGAGGUCAAUAUGGAGGAGAUGAUCGACAAAGAAGGGAGAUUAGAAAUGGCGAGAAGACGCGGAGAAGUCUUACAAGGAAUUAGGAGGGGUGCUACUUCAGACAAGCGUUAG